CAAGCGGCAUGAGCACGUGGAGCAAAUGGGCACGUGAGUGGAAUUGAUUCCGGCCCUGUUGUUCCGUCUCAAUGCUGCAAUGCUAGUCGCCGUCGCCGUGACUCCGUUGCUGGAGGAUCACACCAGUAGCGCAUGGCACAGGAUAUGUGAUCACACUCCACUCAUCAUGUUCUCCACUCUGGAAAGCCAGUCAAUCAAUGUCUGCAGCUACAGGCGGCGUCGGGGGCUGCGCGAGUUUUUGUUUUACCAAAGUCGCUGCGCAUCUCAGUCAUCCUCAUCGCCGUUUGUCGAAUUGUCGGGCAGCAACUGUUGCUGAGCGAUUGAGCAAGCCUCGGAGACGUGUUUGACCGCUGGAGUGGACAUGGACUGCUCAAUUGCUGAAUCAUGCUUCAAGACGAUUAUUUCUACUCACGCGGGCCCAUAUCACCAGACAACCUCCACUCUCCCCCUCCACUUCUGGCAAAAGUCCGCACACCACCCUCCAUCACAUGCACCACGCCAUGGCCACCGUAAGCGUCGUCCCGCAACGCGCCGCGCCGCGCGCGCCGCGCCCUCCGCCCUCGGAUGCCCCACGCUAAUGCAGAUCACCGACGUCAUCAACAACCUCGUGCACCCGCGCGUCGUCGAGGCCUUCCUCAUCUCGCCGACCUUCACCUCGCGCCUGCCGUCCGGCGUCCAGCUCUUCCUGCGGCCGCACUACGCCGUGUCGCCGCGCGCCGACGCGUCGGCCGAAGCCCGCGCGGCGCUCGCCACCGAGAAAUACACAUGGGCGAUCGUCGACGAGCGCCCCGGCACACAUGUGCGGCACGUGCUCGCCGCCGCGCUCGUCGACGAGGACGUAUCCGACGCCGAGUUUGACGCGCUCGACGCCGCCCUCGCCGCCGGAUUCAAGAUGUACGUCGACGACGACGGCACGCCGUGCUUCCUCCUCGGCGAGCGGCGGGUGACGCCCGCGGACGCGCAGCACGCCUUCUUCACGUGGGUGUUGAAUGGCGCCGCGACGGCGCGCGCCGCCGGCCUCAAGCUCAUCCUCGCGAAUGGGCCGCGCUGGAUCCUCGUCGAGACGGACGGGGGGCUCAGUAUUUCCCGCAGCGUGGGGAAACGGAAGGACGGGAGCGUGCUCGAUCCAGAGGGCGCGAAUACGAGCAUGUUUGGCGGGUUGGUGAGCCAGGCCUUCGAGGCUGUCGUCACGCGCGACGCGCUCGCGAGCCUCAUGCACGCCAAGGCCAAGGCGGAGCGAUAGCGUUGUGGCGAGGAUAGUUGGGCCGUAGUCGGAGAAAUGUCCCAUCUGAAAACGGCCUCUAAGAGAGCACUGACUGUGAACGCCCACUCUUUCCACUUGGACGCAGCCGGUCAAGAAGGAAC